AUGGGAGUAGUGCAAGGUUGGGACCUCUCGACCUCGAUGCCACUGGAGGAUGGCAGGACUGCCUCUGACCCUUGCCCCCUUCCCCCUGCCCCCUGCCCCCUGCCUCUGCCGGUGCGCGCUGCACUCCCCCUAGUGGUGCCGAUUCGUAGCGCUGCUGUGGACAAUGCAGCAGGCGCACGGCACAUCAUGCACACGUGCAUGCGAGCAGGCAUGUCAAGCCAAGCCCAAACACCCCACUGCUCACAACCCUUCACCACCCCCCCCCUCACUUGCCCCCUGCUCCUCUCACUUGCCCCCUGCUCCGCUCACUUGCCCCCUGCUCCGCUCACUUGCCCCCUGCUCCCCUCACUUGCCCCCUGCUCCGCUCACUUGCCCCCUGCUCCCCUCACUUGCCCCCUGCUCCCCUCACUUGCCCCCUGCUCCCCUCACUUGCCCCCUGCUCCCCUCACUUGCCCCCUGCUCCCCUCACUUGCCCCCUGCUCCCCUCACUUGCCCCCUGCUCCCCUCACUUGCCCCCUGCUCCCCUCACUUGCCCCCUGCUCCCCUCACUUGCCCCCUGCUCCCCUCACUUGCCCCCUGCUCCCCUCACUUGCCCCCUGCUCCCCUCACUUGCCCCCUGCUCCCCUCACUUGCCCCCUGCUCCCCUCACUUGCCCCCUGCUCCCCUCACUUGCCCCCGGUGCGCUUGAGCGAGGAGAAGAAGCCUCCUCGCCUCUCCCUGCGCCUCUGCUCGCCCUCGCCCUCCUCCUCCACCUGCGACUCGGGCACCACACAGGCACAGGGCACACAGUGGCCAGGGAAGCACCGGGGAAAAUUAUAG